CGAUUCGUCUUGAAGAUAGCAUAGGCAAAUUGAUUUUGAUCGGAAAUAGGAUUCUGGUGAUUGUGAUCGUGAUGAGGAUGAAUACUUCGUCGACUUCUUAUCCUAUUUUCAGAUUUUCUACUUGUCAAUGUCUCUGAUUCCUUGUCUAGUUAUCUGAGCAAAUACUUCCAGGUAAAGUUGGAUAUUUCAGCGCAUCGAGUAAAGAAAUUUGUAUCCGCCGUCUGGCCCGCCUGCAAGGAUUCCACGGAUAAUCGAAACUGGCUCGAGGUUCAGAUGGCGUACUUGAAGUCCUCAUUUGGUCCGGAUUUUGGAUUCCCGCAUGCUUUACACUUCUG